ACCGACUUUCUUCCCCCUUGAAAAGCCGGUGAGAUCUUGAUGAAAUUCCUUCCUUUUCUUGUUGAAUCACAAGAUUUAGGACCUAGAAUCUUCCCUCUCAACCCAGAAAAAUCCCGGUUCUGCUCUGCUCUUCUCCCCUGCAGUCGGCAAGAGCCCCAGCUACCGCCACCCAUUUCCAGCCGGAAACACUGGCCAAGCUUGGGGAUUUCUCCCUAUUUUCUUGUUCUAGAACAGCCAUUAAACCCAGAAUUUCCAGAUCUGUUUUGUUUUGCGUCUUCCUCCCUUUGUUGCCCGCCGGCUGCUAUGUGGGUGUGAGGUUUUUGGGCUUUUUCUGGUAAGAUCUAGCCAUGAAUCCCUCUCUUUAACCUUGAUUUAGGUUGGGUUUACUUUAAUUGCCUUAUUCCCUUCCAAUUUCUGGUAGAGCCGUCAGUCCCUUGCAGAAAAUUCCCGCCGGCCUCUUCCCCCUGCAGCUUCGGUUCUUGCUGGAAAAUUCUGAAAGCGAUACCGAGGACGGGGAAAUCGAGGGGAGUGACGAGUUAGAAGGGUAGCCAUUUCGAGAUUGGUAUAGAUUUAGAAAUAAAUCAUGUGCUUGCAAGCUAGAGUGUAUUGGAAAUUUUAUGAUAUCAGAGCAGACUGUAAAAUUUUAUCUUGAGAUUUCGUGGUAUCAGAUUGUGAGUUGAAUAAGUUCCGAGCCUUGUGCACUUGUGGGACCCGUCUCACGAGUGCACGGCGUCUGUCGCGUCCCCGGAUUUGGGUUCUGGGGCGUGACAAGUGCACUAAAGGUACAAAGAAAGUUAAAUAUCCAUUACCCAGGUAAAUUAAUGAUAACAAAAUUGAUAUUAUACUUCAAAAUAGUUUAUGUUAUUUUUUAGAAAAUAAAUGAAUUAAUUUUUCUCUCUACUUGAAAUCCAAGGUAUCGUUUGGAAUUAGUGGUUGGUGAUAGUACUGGAGAGACAAUCAUUGUUCUUUUUUAUGAUAUUGGCUUUGAACUACUAUAGCUUAGUGCUGCAGAAGUAGUUGAUAAACAUAUCGUUAAACACGAAAAUACCACUUUAAAUGAUAAUCCUACAAUUAAUUUGGGAACAUCAAAUGCAAUUAGUCAAGUAUCAGAUUCAUCAAGUAAAAGUCUAACAAAUAUGCAUGAGGAAGCAAAGUUUGAAAAGAGCUUGAUAAAGAAAAGCAAAAACCAAAACUUACAAGAAUUCAGAUGAGAUUUGUAAGGCAUCCUCUGAUACAGCUGAUCAGUACAUGAUGUACCCAAUAGAAUUCCUAAACACACUAACAUUUCCGAGAAUGCCAAAUCAUUGCCUAAAGUUGAAGAAAGGAAUGCCAACUAUGUUAUUGAGAAAUGUCAACCCAAGUUUAGGACUGUGCAAUGGCACAAGAAUAAAAAUCACGUGGUUGGGAGAAUGGGUCAUUGAAGGCAAGAUCAUGACAGGAAACAAGAUUAGCAAGAAGGUUUUAAUACCAAGAAUUACAAUGACUUCACAACAAUCGAAGUGCCUAUUCAUAUUGAAGAGAAGACAAUUUCCUUUAAGGCCGUGCUAUGCAAUGACAAUCAAUAAGAGUCAAGGACAGUCCUUAAAGCAUGUUGGCCUAUAUCUACCAAAUCCUGUUUUCAGCUAUGGUCAAUUAUAUGUAGCUACAUCUAGAAUGACAUCUCCAAUAGGUCUAAAGAUUCUCAUCGGCCAUGAUGAACAAGACCAUGAAAGCUACACAAAAAACAUUGUUUAUUAUGAAGCUUUUAAUGAUCUCCCACAAGUAACUAUUAAAUAAUAGAAAGCUCUUAAUGCCUCACCACAAGUCAAUAACAUGAAUAAAACAUAGCAAGAUAUUCAAAUACCUUUUUAUGAAUAUUUACUUCCUUUUUGUUACAUCAUUGAUACUUCAUAAAUAUAGUCUACCAGAUAAAAAAAUAAAAGCAAUUAAAGAUA